GAGGAGCGAGAGAAGCUCCAGCCGCGCCGCUGUAACUAGGACUUCCCUUCCCAAGCGGUUCAGCAGAGCGGCCGGGGAGGAUGCGUGUAGGUGAGCAGGAUCGCUGCAUUGCUUUGACGGAGGAUGGCAGAAAGUAGUAAUUUUGUAUGUGCUCUGUGGCUUAUAGAUGAAGGGCAUGAAUAGCUGGAAAUAUUCUGGGAUGUUAUAAAACCAGAAGGACUUUCUGUACAGCGUGGCGAUGCACGGCAGGAAAUUAACUCCAAAAAGAAUGCUUGCUCUCCAACUGCUGCAACACAACAGAACAUUUUUCAUUGCCAGUAUCUGAAAUUCCUCCUGAGGACCCAACAAGGACUAUCAAAAACAUCAGAGAGGUUCUGGUACUUUUGAAGAGGCUUAAAGCAAAUACCAGUAUAAUAUCUGAAUGACCUUGGAGAUCAUUUUAUGUGGAUUCAUUAAUUUUCACUGCCAGUCUUCUAGUCUCAGGAUUAAAGAUGGUUUUAACAUUGUAGGGGCCUUUCAAAAAGCAAGAUUGUAUACAAUUAAUUACCUGCCUAAUGAUUCCUGAACUAAUCAAGCAUUUACUUAAAACCGAACACAGAAGAUGCUUUCUUUUAACAUUUGCUUUCUCCACAACUGCAAAUAAAAUGAGCAAGGUAAUGUCCUACAAUUUGAAGAAUAUUCUUUUAAAGGAACUAUUUAUUAUGCUGAACAUCUAAUGAAUAUAGGAACCCUAAAACUACGUAGAAGAUGAAGCUGAAUAACAGAAUGAUGGAGUAGUAAACAGUGGCAGCUUUUCUAGUCAAAUCAGCAUUUCAUUAGCUUCACAGCAGAAUGCAGAUGGAAGUUUCUGUUCUCGUUGUGUGGGGGUUUGUGAAAUGAUUCAGGUGUUGCUACAGAGGUGAGCAAUAUCAUGGAUAUACCUAUGAACUCUUGGGUACCGAUCCACUGUAGCAGAUGUGGCAGAGUUUUCAAAGAUGAUUAUUUUAGAUUACCAUUGCUGAAAUUAAAUUCCAGAGGAUUUAUUUUGUUUGUGGGGACCUUGAAUUAUGCUUCUGGCAUUAAUAAUUGUAAUGGACUAGAACUGUUGGAAGGAGUUGUGAAUAUUGACCUAAGUCUCCAAAUUCUAUUCUUAAAUUAUUUUCAUUUUUAAAUGAAUAGACAAAAUCUUACUCAUUGUAUGUGAGAUGUAUGUUUUCCUUCUUGGGAGUCAGAGGACAAAAUCUGCCUUGUCCCCCACCCGUCUCUCUCCAAAUAAAAUUCAUUAUUCAUACCCAAACAGUGGUGAGUCUAUUGGAAUUAACCUUGACAAAAAUGUUUACUUUACCUUUCCAAUGGCUAGCAUGGAUAAGAUGGAGUGCCAUCUCCUGAAUGGAUCCGGAAAAGACAGCAUUAGAUGAUGAACUUUUUCGUUUAGGCUCCAGUCAGCCUGUGAUUUAAAUUGAGACUUAUAAAAGAUUAUCUCCAGUAACUACUGGUCCAGGAAACCUGAGCUGCACCAAGGUUCCUCCUUCCUUUCCUCCCCCUCACCCUAUUAUAUUCCAAAGUAAAUGACUUUCUCAGGAAAACAAGCAGUCAGAGAUUUCCCCCCCUCCUUCCCUGGGAAAUGAAUGUGUCUCUCUUUUGUCAGCUUUUAUUUCAGUAUCUCACAGUACGUGUCAGUUUUAGAAGUGCCUUGUGUUUGCUAAAGAUUGAUCAAGAGCACUGGAGGAGCUGAUCAGUGGCCUUUCUCUUUCUGGCUUUUGUUUUGUUUUGUUUUGUUUUUCUCCUUUCUUUCUUUCCUUAAAGCUAAGGUGUGCCAGAGGUGAUGCACUGAUGCUGAGGAGGCAUCAACAGCUAUGGGACUGUAAUCCUCUCAAAUGUAAGCACUGGCAGUGUCUACAAAGAGAGAUCGUGAGACGCUGAAGCAGAGUUUAGCUGCUGGUAAGCAGGUCAUCUGCUCACUAAGGCUCAGAUUGCAGUGUUCCCCAGUAACAAAACAUGAACCAGUCCCGAUGGAUUGAAUGGAGGACUCUGAAUAUGAGCAGUAGUGUUAUGAACAUAUCUGAGCAUCUCUCCUGCCCUCUUGGAUUUGGUCACUACAAUGCAGUUGACAUCUGUAUCCUUGAGACAGUUGUUAUUGUCUUGCUAACAUUUUUAAUUAUUGCGGGUAACUUAACUGUGAUAUUUGUUUUCCACUGUGCUCCACUUCUGCAUCAUUAUACCACCAGCUAUUUCAUUCAGACCAUGGCCUAUGCUGAUCUUUUUGUUGGAGUUAGCUGCUUGGUCCCUACUUUGUCACUGCUCCACUACUCGACAGGUGUCCACGAGUCCUUGACUUGUCAAGUUUUUGGAUAUAUCAUCUCAGUGCUGAAAAGCGUGUCCAUGGCAUGUCUCGCUUGCAUCAGCGUGGAUCGCUAUCUCGCUAUCACAAAGCCUCUCUCCUAUAACCAACUGGUCACACCUUGCCGCUUGAGAAUCUGCAUCAGUUUGAUCUGGAUCUACUCUUGCCUGAUCUUCUUGCCUUCUUUUUUCGGUUGGGGAAAACCUGGUUACCAUGGAGAUAUUUUUGAAUGGUGUGCUACCUCCUGGCUAACUAAUGCCUAUUUCACUGGCUUUAUCGUGUGCUUACUUUAUGCUCCUGCUGCCUUUGUUAUAUGUUUCACCUAUUUCCACAUCUUUAAAAUCUGCCGGCAGCACACCAAAGAGAUCAACGACCGGAGAGCUCGAUUUCCCAGCCACGAAGUGGAUGCUGCUGGGGAGACUGGGCACAGCCCUGACCGCCGCUAUGCCAUGGUCUUGUUUCGGAUAACCAGUGUGUUCUACGUGCUCUGGCUCCCCUAUAUCAUCUACUUCCUGCUGGAGAGCUCUAGGGUGUUGGAAAACCCAGCGCUUUCCUUCUUAACGACGUGGCUUGCUAUAAGCAAUAGUUUCUGCAACUGUGUGAUUUAUAGCCUCUCCAACAGCGUUUUCAGGCUGGGACUGCGGAGACUGUCAGAGACAAUAUGUUCAUCUUGUACGUGUUUAAAAGACAGGGAUGUACGGGACCCUAAACCCAGAAAACGGGCUAAUUCCUGCUCCAUUUAAAGAGAACUGGCACAUGUAACCAAACGUGGAGUUUUGGUAGUAUUUGCUGUGUCUGGAAACUGGCCAGGAGGGAAAUGUUUACCUGAAUAGCUUGCUAUGAUGUUAGAGUGAGUUUAAAAGUGAUCACGGGAAAGGAAAAGGCUGCCCUAAAGAGGGUUCACUGAACUUGCAUAUAGCUCCUGUGAAAUUUGUUAGGAGAGCGGAUCAACAGAGACAAUGAAGAAGGUCAGAACUAAAAAUCUUCCAAAGGGCAUGACAUAACUACCACAUCAGAGGAGGUUCCUCAUAAAUAAGUUAGUUACUACCUUGUAUUUUCCCCCUUGUAGAAAAGUUGUCUUACUAUCUUUGUGUCAGAAUAUACCGUAGCCUUCUGAAUUUAAACAUAUUUAAGAGGAAACAAUCAACAACGCAGUAAGUGGCUAUCCAUAAAUUACAUACCUGAGGACUAUAGUAGAUAUUGCAGACUGAUAAUCAGCUCUGUCUCUGCUCUCAUCUCGUACAAUUUUCUGUUGUGCAAAAAAAAUCCACAAUGCAUAAAACUCACACUGAGCACGAUGCAUUUGAGUAAAAUGACACAUUUUGGUGCAACUUUCACAGAAGCUCUCCCUCUUGUUUCCCCUUUUUUUUUUCCAUGCUGUACAUCCCCAGUUUUCUUUGCUUCCAAGUGGUUUAGUUUGAAGGCACCUACGAGGUAAACUUGAGUUUCAAACCAUUCUUCCUGCUGAAGGCAACAGCCCUUCCUGGCUGGCUGAGUAACUGCAGCUGCCCAUGUACAAUGACUUCUUCAAUCUUUCAUUCUCUUGAUCCUGUUAAAUUAGCACACAGUAUUGCUGUAGUGUCCUUUAGGGUGUACUAAAGCUCUUCCUUUAUUGGCUACACAGAUAAUCCUAAUGCAAAUAAGGUAAUUGCACACAGCAGUGUGCAUCACUGCUUAGAAAAUUAAAACUAACUAACCCUUUUCUUUGGGAAGUCUAAAUAGCUUACUGUUGUAGCUGUCAACUGGUUGUGUGAACCUAGCUUGCACAUACUGUAUUUUUUUUAGAGAAAACGUAACUUGUGGUCUGUGCCUAAUGUUUUCAUAGCACAUGGAAUAGGUCAAUGCUACCGGAUUUAAAAAUUACACUUGCUUUAAGAGAAAUACUUCUGUGCCGUUGUUGAAUAGCUGUUUGUCAGACAAGUGUUCUUGGAGGGGGGGAACAAGGCAGUUUAGUAUUAAAUACAGGCAAAGUGCUUCAGAGUUUCCUUUUGUACUAAACUGAUUUUCAGGUCCACUUACGAAAUCUUUUUUAUUUUGCAAGGGCACGCGUUGCGUUUGUGUAAUAAGUUGCCAGGGGUUCAGAUGCAUGCCAAGCAAGGAAAUAUUUCAAUUAUUAUUUUGAACCAAAUGUCAUUUUCUUAGGUGGUUAUUGGCUUUUUAAAAAGGCCCAAUUAUUGAUUAUUGGUGCCUUUUAACACUGCACUAUUAUUCCUUCUUUCACCAAAUGCAUAUGUAAAGAUUGUGCCUAUUACUUUUUGUGACGGAAGCUGGCCACGCUUGCACAGUUUUGUGGUUUGACUCUAGGUCUCCCUUAGUUACGUGUUCUUGUUCCGUUGAGGUGGUUCUGAACCCCUGUACGGUUUUUAAACCUGUAAGAAAGUUGAAACAAUGGAAUAAAGUAGUAUUAUGUAUAUCAAAACCAGCCUUGGCUUUAGUUCCCUGGUGUUACACCCUGUUC